CGGCUAGCGGGCAGCAGCGCCCCCGGAGCCCCCUGCAGCCCCUCCAUGCCCGUAGGCAGCCAGUGCUUCCCUCAUGAUGAGUUCUGAACUGAACGUCCCAGUGGAUCCCUCCACCCCUGCUUGCUGCUCUGAGCCUGGCACCAAGGGCAUGGAUUAUCGGGACUGGGUGCGCCGCAGCUACCUGGAGCUGGUGACCUCCAACCACCACUCUGUUCAGGCCCUGUCCUGGAGGAAGCUGUACCUGAGCCGAGCCAAGCUGAAAGCCUCCAGCAGAACCUCUGCUCUGCUCUCUGGAUUUGCAAUGGUUGCCAUGGUGGAGGUGCAGCUGGAGAUGCAGUACAAGUACCCACAGAUGCUGCUCAUCGCGUUCAGCGCCUGCACGACGGUGCUGGUGGCUGUUCAUCUCUUUGCCCUUCUCAUCAGCACCUGCAUUCUGCCUAACGUGGAAGCAGUGAGCAACAUCCACAACCUGAAUUCCAUCAGCGAAUCCCCACACGAGCGCAUGCAUCCCUACAUCGAGCUGGCGUGGGGCUUCUCCACGGUGCUGGGGAUCCUCCUUUUCCUUGCGGAAGUGGUGCUGCUGUGCUGGAUCAAGUUCCUGCCCGUGGACUCCAUCCUGAAGAACGACACCACCACCAUCCAGAAGCCCAGCGGCCACGCGGGCUGGCAGGCAGCUCUGGUCUCCACCAUCAUCAUGGUCCCAGUGGGGCUGAUCUUUGUUGUCUUCACCAUUCACUUCUACCGCUCUUUGGUGCGGCACAAAACGGAGCGCCACAACCGAGAGAUCGAAGAGCUCCACAAACUGAAAGUGCAGUUAGAUGGGCAUGACAGAGGCAUGCAGGUGGUGUGAUGGGGGCUGAGGCCGAGAGCAAAAUGCCUGUUUGGCUGGAUGGUGGGGCACACUGGUGGUGGAUUGUUUGGAGGCUUAAAUAUGUAAAUGCUAAUUGCCUGCCACGUAUAGCUGUGGGUUCUAACGCCGUUUCAAACUCUGUGGUCUCUGGUCCUACACACUUCUGUACUUAAGUGGACACUGCCAUGGAGCUCAAGGUCAAAUCUUUACAUUGGCACAACUAGCCAAAAAUCUGCAUUAUUUUACAAAUGCGAUGUUCUGUUGCCAAAAGUAAAACUGCAUCAGCUGUCCAAAAAGGCUGUGUGUGUGUAGGACCUGUCUUAGUGUCAGAACUCCCUGGCUGUCUGUGCAGCAGCAAUUAACUGGCAGUUUGUUUCUAGAGCUGAGCUGGUUACUGAAGGUAUUUGCACCCAACCUGAGGGUGUUUGGAAAGCACAAUAGGAACUGUGAGUGUUCAUCGCCUUUGUUCCAAAGCAAAUGUUCCAUAAACAUAUAACCAGGAAGAAAUCAGCCUUAGCUUUUAUGUUCCUUUCUCACUAUUCCUUUCCAUGCUUCUACAAAUUCUAAAUGCAGGGGGCUGGGGACUUCUGUUGUUCUGUCUUCAGUAGCAUCUGUCACUUUAGGCUGAACAGAUGCCAAGAUCACUUGUUUGUUUUUUUUUUCCAGUAAGAGCCCAGGGAAGGCUUACAGGUGUUUUAGUUUUAACAAGGACAUUCCUAAAACAGAACAGUGACGAAAUUUAAUGAGAUGAAGCUCUGAAGGACUAGAAAAGCGAGUUUCAGGGAGGAAAAGUGGCAGCAGACAGUGGUAGAAACUCGUCCCUGUGUUGUUUGCAGUUAUGUCCUGUUGGAAUGUCUUUUUCAUGGUGUGCUGGAGAGAAAUGAGUCCCAGUCCUCCAUUUUUUGCUGGUGCUGUUUGUCAGCUGUAGCGUUUGCCUGUUGAAAAGGACCGCUUCCUUCUCCCUGCACCAAAGCAGGCAGCUCCUCUGGGGAACCUGGAGCUGCAGGGUGAGCCUGGUGGAGCUGGACCCAGUGGAGAUCUGUGUGCCAUUAAAGAGCUAUCACGUUUCAUUUGGGCUGCUGCUUUUCCAGCAUUAAAGAAAGAGACACUUGCACAUCAGUGUGACUUAGCAAGGGAAGCUCGCGAAUCCUGCAGCAUCCUUUUGGGCAAAAACUGCCAUAAAAAGUAUUUCAAGAGAAAAAGAGUUUUGCAGUCAUCAGCUCUUCUAGGAAAUGUGAAGCUUUCUGACACAGGGCUGAAAGAAACAUAAGCCCAUUUUCUUGGCCCUGAUCCUAUGCCCAUUUCCUGCUCUGCACUCAAACACUGCAGUCAGGAUCUCCCAGCUCCCAGGCUGCGUAGGUUCCUGACAUCGUUACGGAUGUCUGUAAUGUUCUGUUUAACGAUGGCCCUUUUUUCCACUGGGAUCUGAGAAAUCUAAUGGCAGCAUGUUCCAUGUCAGCUUCCCAGAAUGGGGAGUACACUCAAAUCCCAGCGAGACCUUCCCUGUGCCUCUCUCUGAUGAGGGUCUUGGGAAACUAACUCUCAUUUCUCUUGUUUACAUGUGAGUUUGAGCAUUGCUGAACAAGUUGCUUAGCACCGUGUCUGUGCCUUUCAUCUGUUGUUCUUGCCACGGUUGGCAUGUACCAUAUUGGCUGAUGUGCAGCAGAGAAAAUAGUUGUUGUGUGUGACAUGACUAGCCUGUACUUAUGCACAUAUGCAAAAAAUGAGGAGUGUCCUCCGGGAAGUGGAUGGUCAUGAAAUUCAUACCAUCCCCUAGCAGCCCGCCUCUCUUCCUCCUCUUCUUACCAAAAUAAAAGUUAAAGGUUUACGUAACAAAGUCAGAGUUGAGUUUUCUGCCAAGUAUUACACACGUAGGCUCUUCUUCCAGCAAAAUCUCUGUUGCGAAGCCAGAGCUACAGCAGAUAGGAUUAAUGUCAUAUCUGUACUUUGCAUUUUUUUUCUAUAACAGCAGUAGUAAUUGGUCUCUGUGCGUUGUGGAGCCCAGGAGGUUUGAAAUCAGUUGUAGAGGAAAGUACUGUAGCUUUUUUUUUCUUUCUUUCUUUUUUUUUUUGGUAAUAAAGAAAUUGUCAAAUCUCACAGUGUGUACGUGAUGCUGUGACAGCAGUGCAGCUCAUAUGGAAAUGCAAUAAAUUUCAGCAG